UUCAGUUGUGCGGUGAACCAGCAGUCAGUGACGUUAAAGGGACAGUGAAGGGGAACUCGUGGAAGUAAAGCUUGUCAGACAGCAGUGAUUGACAAUUGCAACUUGUCUCCACUGUUUUAUAAAUGCCAACGCCUCUGUUAUAGUCUUUCUAAGGCGGACUGAUGAUUUUAAUGCGCUGAUGUGAGCGUGGUGUUCACGCUAACGAUGCUAAUGUAGCACCAGUUGAUCCGAUGCGCUCUUGUUAGACUUUUUCGGAAUUAAACCUCAAUUUAUUCUCCAAGAGGACUUUGGGUUUCACCACAGACUUCACUUUCUGAAACCUAAGCAUGGAGCCGUUUGUAAACGAGAGAGCUCCACUGCCCAGGAACAUGAUCGAGAACAGCAUGUUUGAGGAAGAGCCAGAUGUGGUGGAUUUGGCGAAGGAGUCGCCAUCCAAUCCCAUCGACUCCGACGACGCGGUCUAUGAACCCCGCAACUCGCGCCUGUUGGUUCGAGGCCUGGGAGAAAAUGACCUGGACGAAGACGAGGAGGACUACGAGUCAUCUGCUCGGCUGCUUGGCAUGUCCUUCAUGAACCGCAGUUCCAACCAGCGUUGCACAUCCUCACCCUACACCCGCCAGCAGCCCUCUGGAUUGUGCUUGAUGCCCUCUGCUAAGACUUUAGUGGUGUGCGUUCUCCUUUUGGUGCUGGUUGCCUCCAUGGCCAUGGUCAUCUACUUCCUGCCAGGCUGCACUUUCACCAGAAACGGCUGUAAGAAAAACAACUCUACCAUGGACAACAUCUAUCCCAAUUCCACAAGUGGAGAGCCUUUCCCGUGGACGGACUUGAGGUUACCGGGUGGCGUACAACCCAUGCAUUACGAUAUUUUGCUCCAUCCCAACCUGACCACCAUGAACUUUCGAGGCAACGUUUCCAUCAGGGUGCAGGUCACAGAGGAGACUAAUAAGAUGGUCCUGCAUAGUUCGAAUAUGAAUAUAGUCAAGGCCACUUUUCAAGGUAAAGAGGUCAAGAUCCUGGAGUACAAACCCUGGCAGCAGAUCGCCAUUAAAUUUCCAGAAGAUCUUCAGAAGGGAGUUUACGUUCUGAAUAUUAUCUACACAGCAAACCUUUCCACCAGCUAUGACGGCUUCUACAACAGUUCAUAUGUAGACACAACUGGUGCAAAAAGAGUUUUGGCUACAACUCAGUUUGAACCCCUGGCAGCCCGCAAGGCUUUCCCUUGUUUUGAUGAGCCAGCUUUUAAAUCCACUUAUAUUAUUAAGAUGACAAGAGAACCCAAAUACAUCAGUCUUUCAAAUAUGCCUAAGGCCAAAACAACUGAUUUAAAGAAUGGUCUUCUAGAAGAUGAAUUUGAGAAGAGUGUUGUUAUGAGCACUUACCUGGUCGCAUUUGUUGUGGCUGAAUUCGAAAGUGUCAGCAAGAACUUCUCCAAAACUACAGUUUCUGUGUAUGCAGUGCCAGACAAGAAGGACCAAAUUCAUUACGCUCUGGACACGGCUGGCAAAUUGUUGGAGUUCUACAAUACAUUCUUUGACAUUGACUACCCGUUAAGCAAGCUGGAUUUAGUUGCCAUUCCUGAUUUCCUUGCUGGAGCCAUGGAGAACUGGGGACUUAUCACAUUCCGUGAGAACAUGCUGCUCGUAGGGAAUAAUUCCUCCCCUAUAGACAAGCAACUGGUGACCUCAGUCAUUGCUCAUGAACUUGCCCACCAGUGGUUUGGGAAUCUUGUGACGAUGAAAUGGUGGAAUGAUCUUUGGCUAAAUGAGGGAUUUGCAACAUACAUGCAGUAUACGUCGAUUGAAACCAUCUUCACGGAUCUGGACAUGGACACUGAAUUCUUAAGCAUUCGUUUCAAAGCCAUGGCAAAAGACGCACUGAACUCAUCCCAUCCGGUGUCCUCUAUAGUGAAAACACCAGAGCAGGUUGAGGAGAUGUUCGACUCAGUCUCUUAUGAGAAGGGGGCGUCAAUUCUGCUCAUGCUCAAUUCAACGCUUACAGAGGAGGAGUUUCGAAAAGGAGUGAUCGAAUAUUUGCAAGCGCAUCGAUUCCAGAACACAAAAAGUGAAGACUUAUGGAACAGUCUUACCAAUGUGAGUAAACAGCCCUUCAGCGUGGCCCACAUGAUGAACACGUGGACCGUUCAGAAGGGCUUUCCUCUGGUCACGGUGACGAGGAACGGAACUCAAGUCACACUGACCCAGGAACACUUCCUUCUGAAUGCGGAAAUUGCCCCCACCCAUGACAGCAGCUUGUGGCACAUUCCCUUGACAUAUGUUAACGACAGCUGUAGCACUUUGAGUUCCUGCAAGCAAGUUUUUUAUCUCAAGGAAAAAACAGCGACACUGAAGCUUCCAGAUCAGGUAAAAUGGUUAAAGUUCAACUACAAGAGCGAUGGCUUCUACAUAGUGAACUAUGACGAUAAGGGCUGGGAGGCGUUAAUCGAGGCGUUGAGAAACGACAUCAAGGUUCUCACCUAUAAAGACAGAGCAUCUCUCAUCAAUAACGUCUUUGCUCUCUCAAGGUUGGGGAAGGUGCCCUUUAGACUGGUCCUUAAUCUGAUGGAUUACAUCAAAAAUGAGACAGAAACCGCUCCACUAACUGAAGCUCUCAUCCAGCUCAAUCAGAUCUUCAGAUUGCUGGACAAAAGAUCAGAGCUCCACUUAGUCUCCAGAAUGAAAAGUUACAUUUUGAACUAUUUCGGAACUCUGAUGGAGAAACAGUCAUGGCUUCCGGAAAGUUCUGUGUCAAAGAUGACCCUUAAGUCCACCCUACUAGAGAUGGCAUGUUCCCUCGACAUUUCCAACUGCACACAACAGGCCAAACAUCUCUAUGAUGAGUGGAUGGCUCCUGACUCAACUUAUCAGAUUCCCAGUCAUCUCAUGAGAACGGUCUUUAAAGUUGCUGCCCAAACGGAAGAAGGAUGGGGUGUGUUAUUAGGAACAUAUAAAAACUCCAUCUCUGACCCAGAGAAGCAUAAGGCGCUGGAAGCGUUGGCCAGUACGCAGGACGUGCGGAAAAUUGUCUGGAUUCUACAGAAAAGUCUUGAUGGAAGCAUGAUUCCGACUCCCGAAUUUCCUUUGGUGGUGAAUGCAAUUUGCAAGAACUUUGCUGGCUACCUGUACGCUUGGGAUUUCGUAAAAGAAAACUGGGAUAAGAUCACUCAAAAGUUCCCUCUUGGAUCCUUUGCCAUUCAAAGCCUCAUCAUGUCCACAACUAGUCAAUUCUCCACAACAACACAUCUCAUGGAGGCCCAAAACUUCUUCAGCUCUCUGGGGGACAAAGGAUCUCAGAUGAGGACCGUGCAGGAGGCUAUUGAGACCAUCAAGCUGAACAAGAGGUGGAUCGAGACGAAUCUGGAGACACUCCAGGAGUGGCUGUAGUGUGAGGAGUCUCUCCUCACUUGUACCUCUCACUCCCUCAGGUGAUGUCAUCUCGCACCGGCAGGUGUAAGUGAUGUUAUCGUGACAACAGCCAGAGCCAUUUCUGUCAUGUGAAAGAUGGAACAGAUAUGUUUAAGGGCAUCGUGUAGGAAAUUUUCCCUAGUGAGGCGUGAACGACCUUUAAUUGUAUGUUAAUAAACACGUUUGUGUAACCGGUAUAAAGAUGGUCUUUAGGUAGAGGCACCGUAUGAUUUUCAGUGUCUUAACUUGAACAUAAACUGCUUUGCACAUGAUUUUCUCUCCCAUCACAUUGACUCUGUAUGUGUGUAUGAACAGGUUUAUGGCUCUGGUCUCAAGCACUAUUUGCACUAUUGAAAGUUAAAGCUUGCUCAGGGUGAAUCUGGUUGAAAUAUUAUGAAGCAUUUGAACCAUUAAUGUUGGUGGCUACAGACCAAAACCUGUCAUCGGUAUCUCUCAUAUAUGUCCUUUUGCUCGCAUUGCCAAAAAUGAUAGUUGCCUACUAUUGAAUAAAAUGCUUUAUUCUGCAGAAAAAAAUAAAUAAACGCAGCAACAGAAACCCCUACUGGGUAUAAAAUCUGGCAUCCCUGAAUAUAUUAACAAAAUGUGUAGACAAUCAAUUGUCAGUGUGUUUGUCAUUUUAUUUAUGCGUUUGAAUGAGUUUUAUUGUUUGCAUAGUCUGUGUAAUGUUUUUGCCUUUGGAGUUUUCCGUAAAACUUUCGUCCUUUGCACAAAAUGAAAUUUGGAGAGUCUAUUUUCGAGGUGAGUGUGUAUAUUAUGUAUUAAAGUUCAUGCAGGCUUUUUUAUUUACUUUUAAGUUGACGUUUAUAAACAUGUGGAUUUAUUGUAUAUUUUGCAAUGCACAUUCUGAAAUGAUUUCAUUGUUAUAAAGGAGGCGACAAUGUGUGAGCAGAUUUAUAGUGUGUGGUUUUAGGAUUUGACCGGUAUAAAUCUAUAUUUGUUACCGAAUUUAAAGAAUGUGUAAAGCUUUUGUGAAUGCUACCACCGGAAGGCAAACUGACUAUAAAGUCAAAUCACUCCUCAGUUUUUAUUCUUUAGUCCUCCUGCAGUUGCUGCUGACUGCUACUUUUCAGUCAAUGGAGGGUUUUUGUGUGGAUGGCGUUAUACAAAUCCACAGAUGUGUUCUUUUGUUUAGAAAUUGUUUGUAUUCGGGGUCAAAACAAUAUCAAAACCUGCCACAAAUGUACAGAACGGCCCCAAUUCACAAAUACAUGCAAGUUUACUUUAGUAACAUUUCUGUAAUUUAAUGCAUAAAACUACUGAACUUUUACGUUACUUUUCUGUCUAACAAAGAACUUGAGUUUUUAGGCUUGUUGGAUUUCUUGCGCUAUCAUGUUAUGAGUUUGUAUAUUUAGGAGUUUGUAGGAGGUUUUAUUUAGUUUUAACUCCAAAUGUUGAUGGUUUGAAAUAUGUGGUCACUAGAUAUCACAAAUGAUGAUAAUUAUGCUUUCAGGUUUUUUAUUUCUUAAUCUGACCUCAUAAAAUGUCACGUAUGACUGGUACAUUGUAGUACAACGGGUACAUUGUUAUUAUUUUGUAGUUAACAAUUGCGAUUUGCUUUUUAACCAUGAGUUUUGUGUAUAAAUGUUUUUUUAAGACAACAGCAACAUUGCUUACACUCUAAAUAUGGCGUUUAUUGUAGAUUUCUAAGUUAGAAUGUUACUGUGCAUCAAUGAAUGUAUUCAUGUUUGGUACUAUCCUUAGGUUUGGUCAAACUUGAGCAUUGUGAUUGUAUUUCCCUUCUAUCUGAAUUGAUCUAGAUCAGCUAUAUGGAUAAAUUGAUUAAAGAAGUGUUGAAAGUACGGUAUAUUCUUCCAUUUAACACCAUCAUUAUGUUCUUUUCUUAGAAGUUGCAUUUUUGGAGCUAUUCAUUUUUGUAGUUUUCAUAUGCAGGUGCAAAAUAAGAUUUUUCACAGAAUGACAAUUUUCUUCACGUGAAAUGAUCUCUGGUUUCGGAGAUGUCUUGAGUUGGACCGUUAUAAAUAAAUAAAAAUGAAAAUGCUUAUAUUUUCAA